ACUACUCGAUAAUUUGUAAGCAAUGGACAACAAUGAAAUUAAGGACAAUUUAUGCCCGCCAGCUACGAAAAAAAUCAAAAUUGACAAUUUUGGCAUAAAAGCAAUACUCUCCGAUGACUACAAAAAGGACAUAGAGCUGAUGCAGGUGCACAGCUGUCAAUUGGAGAGUAAACAACAGCUGCAAGCAGUCAUCAAAGAGCUCGCCCUGAAGCUGCCACAUUUCCAGCAUUUGAAGCGCGUUCAUGACAGGAAUGUGUUAAUAUGUCCAUCAGAUGAUAUUAAAGAGACACUAGAGCAGCACUUGAAGCUACAUCAGAUCUCCGAUAAUGUUUUAAAGGCCCUCUGCCGCAAUGUGAAUGUAAUUGAGGUGCCUGCCAGUUCGGCCAAGCUGCGUGUGCAAUACGAAAAAAUGAGCAAAUUUUGGCCAUGCAAAUUUCAUCCGGAUAAAUAUGCCGAAUCCUUGCAGAAUGGCAGUAAUUUUACAGACAGUCAAAGGGCAUACCACAAACGAAUGGCCGAGCUGCUAUGGAAGCUAUCGAAGGAUGUGAGCAAGGGACAAAAUGUGGGCAUUUGCGUAGAUCCACGAAGGCCGAGCAUUGUCGCCAUAGCAGCUGCAGGCGACGGCAGCAGUCAUCAGCAUUGCGUAAUGUGGCUGGUGGAUCAUGUAGCGCGCAGUCAACGUGGCGGCGCCUGGCAAUCGGAUGUGGAAUUCGUCAAAGACGAACCGCACACAAAGAGCACCUUGAGUGGCUUGCCACAAAUCUUUUACGACUAUCUAAAGCAAGACGCAGCUUGCCAGGAUUUAAGCCUGGGCGCUGAGCUGCCCAGGCGAGAGGAGCAGCAGCAGCAGUCAGAGCCAGUUGUUGAGGAUAUCCAUGCUGAUAAUCUAUGCAAAUACGGUCCUUACUUGUGCACCGGCUACGAUGUCUACUUGCUGCGUGAGCCCUGCCUGAUGUGCUCCAUGGCGCUGGUGCACAGUCGCGUCAAACGCAUCUUCUUCCUCGAGCAAUCCGAGAAUGGCGCACUGACCAGCAAAUUCCAGUUGCACGCAGUCAAGGAACUGAAUCAUCACUACGAAGUCUUCCAAUUUACGAUGUGACAAAGCUGCUUCAAGAAAAACUU